GCUGUGCUGUGGCCGGAGGCGCGGUCAGAAGCGGUGCCGAGCGCCCCUGCGCCCAUCCCUGCCGCUUUCGCUGCGCCCGAUUUGCUUCCCAAGAAAGGAUGUCCAGACUUGUGUGGUGCAUGAUGAGUCUCUGCUUCCAUGGGAUCCUGCAAAGUGAUGCCUCAGAACGCUGUGAUGACUGGGGACUAGAUACCAUGAGGCAAAUCCAAGUGUUUGAAGAUGAGCCAGCUCGCAUCAAGUGCCCACUCUUUGAACACUUCUUGAAAUAUAACUACAGCAUGGCCCAUUCAGCUGGCCUCACUCUAAUCUGGUAUUGGACUAGGCAGGACCGGGACCUUGAGGAGCCAAUUAACUUCCGCCUCCCUGAGAACCGUAUCAGUAAGGAGAAAGAUGUGCUCUGGUUCCGGCCCACUCUCCUCAACGACACAGGCAACUAUACCUGCAUGUUAAGGAACACCACAUAUUGCAGCAAAGUUGCAUUUCCCCUGGAAGUUGUUCAAAAAGACAGCUGUUUCAAUUCCCCCAUGAAACUCCCAGUACAUAGACUGUAUAUAGAAUAUGGUAUUCAGAAGGUCACUUGUCCAAAUGUAGAUGGAUACUUUCCUUCCAGUGUCAAACCAACCAUCACUUGGUAUAUGGGCUGUCAUAAAGUACAGAAUUUUAACAAUGUAAUACCUGAAGGCAUUAACUUGAGUUUUCUCAUUGCCUUAAUUUCAAAUAACGGAAAUUACACAUGUGUUGUUACAUAUCCAGAAAAUGGACGUACUUUCCACCUCACCAGGACUCUGACUGUAAAGGUGGUAGGAUCUCCAAAUGAUGCAGCGCCUCCCAACAUCUAUUCACCCAAUGAUCACGUGGUCUAUGAGAAAGAACCUGGAGAGGAGCUACUCAUCCCUUGUAAAGUCUAUUUUAGUUUCCUGAUGGAUUCUCGCAAUGAGGUUUGGUGGACCAUUGAUGGAAAAAAGCCCGAUGACAUCACCGUUGAUGUCACCAUUAAUGAAAGUGUAAGUUAUAGUAGAACAGAAGAUGAAACAAGAAUUCAGAUUUUGAGCAUCAAGAAAGUAACCCCCGAGGACCUCAAGCGCAGUUAUGUCUGUCAUGCUAGAAAUGCCAAAGGGGAAGUUGACAAAGCAGCCAAGGUGAAACAGAAAGCUCCAGUAUACACAGUGGAACUGGCAUGUGGUUUUGGAGCCACGGUCCUGCUGGUGGUGAUUCUCAUUGUUGUUUACCAUGUUUACUGGCUGGAGAUGGUCCUAUUUUACCGGGCUCAUUUUGGAACAGAUGAAACCAUUUUAGAUGGGAAGGAGUAUGAUGUUUAUGUAUCCUAUGCAAGGAAUGCAGAAGAAGAGGAAUUUGUAUUACUGACCCUCCGUGGAGUUUUGGAGAAUGAAUUAGGAUACAAGCUGUGCAUCUUUGACCGAGACAGUCUGCCUGGGGGAAAUACGGUGGAAGCAGUUUUUGAUUUCAUUCAGAGGAGCCGAAGGAUGAUUGUUGUCCUGAGCCCAGACUAUGUGACAGAAAAGAGCAUCAGCAUGCUGGAAUUUAAACUGGGUGUCAUGUGCCAGAACUCCAUUGCCACCAAGCUCAUUGUGGUUGAAUACCGUCCCCUUGAGCAUCCACACCCAGGCAUCCUGCAGCUGAAGGAGUCUGUAUCUUUUGUGAGCUGGAAAGGAGAAAAGUCUAAACAUUCUGGCUCCAAAUUCUGGAAGGCCUUGCGGUUGGCUCUUCCCCUGAGAAGUCUGAGUGCCAGCUCUGGCUGGAAUGAGAGCUGUUCUUCCCAGUCUGACAUCAGUCUGGACCACGUCCAAAGAAGAAGUCGUUUGAAAGAGGCCCCAGAAUUGCAGAGCUCAGGGAGGGCUGCAGGUGCCCCUCCAGCCACAGGCACAAUGUCCAAGCACCGAGGGAAGCCCUCUGCAGCCUGUCGCUGUUGUGUCACCUACUGUGAAGGAGAGAGUCACCUUAGGAGCAAGAGCCGGGCAGAGAUUCAUAACCAGCCUCAGUGGGAGACACACCUCUGUAAGCCUGUUCCCCAAGAGUCAGAAACCCAAUGGAUACAAAACGGCAGCAUUUUGGAACCCCCUGAUCCCCAGAUCUCAGCCCUUGCUCUUCACCAUUUCACAGAUUUAUCCAGUAACAAUGACAUUUAUAUCCUAUAAUUACUGUGUGUGGUGGGUGGUGGCUGUUAUCUCUACCUACACUCUUUAUGUCAUGAACCUAUGGGGAUAGCUGACAUUUUUAUCAUCUAAUGGACUAUCAGAUUUGUGUCCUUUUUAUUGAUUUUUAAAAACUAUUUAUUUCUAGGAGACAAAAGACCUGAAGGACCUGAAUCCAGAAUUAUUGCCUCUAACGGCCUCAGAAGAGCACACUCUUCUUGGGCCCUAGAAGGUCAGUAUGUGAAAGUUGCCUAGAGUCUUACUCUCUAUCUUGCCCCAUGGUUUAGAACUGAGCUCAGAAUUUAAAUGUUUUCUAUGUUGAGUCAGUCAGGUGUACUUAGGCUAUGACACUUAAAGGGUGUAUAUAUAUCCCAAGGGAGCAUCACAGAAAGGAGUUGGUUCUGGUGGAAGCUGUAGGACUAAGCUCCACAAAAAACCUAUAGCACGUUUCCCCUCAAAGAACCAAACAUACCCACCCAGGGAUAUGUUAUCUCUAUCUCAAUGUAAAUUAGUGUUCUCUAAACUGCCCGAUGUUGUUAGCAUCAAUAAAGUUAUAUUUUUAUGCCAUUUCAUUUGUACUAACAAAUUUUUACUUCCCUCUCUUCCUUCUGCCUUUUAUGCUUUUUGAAUUAAUAUCUGAAGAGUAUUUCAUUUCAGGAUGUUGAGAUUUGGUUUAGGUUCCAGGAAAGCUGAGGUGUCUCUUUAUUUUCUUUCUGACGUAUAUUGGGAGAGAUCUGGGAAGGAACCAAAAAACAGUAAGAAAGUGUUUUAAAUGAAUUAGAAGUUUACGCAAAUACCUCAUUAUAUUUUUAGAACUGACAGCUGAAAAAUUCAGUAUUGUAAGGGAUGUAGCAUAGAGUUUGGUGCCUGAAUCCCUUUUUCCUAUUGAGGAUGCUGAUAAGGGAUAGUAAAUUCAAGUGCCUACAAGGAUCAGAAGAUAAGAAAAAAGAGAAAAGGGGGCAAUAUGCAAGCCUAAUACACAUGCAUUGUGUCUAAGUACCCAUGUGUACAAGGAAGUAAUCACAGAUAAGUAGUUCUUUUCUGUAAACAUUUUCACACAAUCAUAAAAGAACAUUGCAUUUGAUUCUCAGUUUAGGGAGAUGAUAGGGAUCAUUAGGCCUGCAGGUAACUGAAGAGCACACAUUUCU